UGCUUUGGAUGCAAAAGAGCACCCGGGUUUGGCAGGAGGCUGAGGUCAUCUUGAGAGGAGGCCUGGAUCUGCUGUGCAGAAGGAAGCAAGGUUGAAACUGAGCUGGGAACAGACGGCUGGAUGUAGCAGCUCUCAGGCUGGGACCUUGAGGGCAGCUGGAGAGAAGCGCCAGGGCUGAGAAGAGACGAAACAGGUCCCGGGAUUUGAACCCGCUCCCUGCCCGCUGUGCUAUGGGGAGGCUGGGUGUUGCUGCCACAGCCUUCCUCUGCGGGGGCCUCCUCGCUGCCUUCCUCCUGAGGGAAGCGCUUGGAGAGAGCAAGAAGCCUGAGACCCGAGUGUGCGCACGUCGCACGUUAAGGAUUCCCUUGUUCUACAACGAGACCUAUGCCAAGCCUGCGCACCAGCCGUAUUUGACGCUGUGUGCUGGACCCCGAGUCUGCAGCACCUACAGGACUACCUACCGCGUGGCCACACGGCAGGUGCGGAAAGACAUUCUGCAGACCCACAUCGUCUGCUGCCAGGGCUGGAAGAAACGGCACGUGGGGGAUACUAAGUGCGAGGAAGCCAUCUGCCACAAGCCCUGUCAGAACGGAGGCAGCUGUGCCCAGCCCAACCAGUGCCAGUGCCAACCAGGCUGGGGUGGUCGCUACUGCCAUGUCGAUGUGGACGAGUGCCACGCACCCGUCUCUCUCUGCGACCAAGGCUGCCUCAACACCGCAGGGAGCUACGAGUGCCAGUGCAACCCUGGCUAUGCCCUGGAACCAGAUGGCAAGAGCUGCCACUUGCUGCCCACUGCCCAGGCGGCCCCAAUGCUUGCCAGCAAAGUGCAAAUUUUAGGGGCUCAGGAGACGAUUCCCAAUGAGAUCCAGGAGCUUCAAGCCAAAGUGGAGCAGCUGGAAGAGCGCCUGGAACGUGCCAUCGCCAUCUUGCCGCCUUCCCUGGAGCCCGCCCAGCUGAAGGAGCUCUGGAGUCGCCUGCUCUACCUGGACCAGGUGGAGUCGCUCAGCGAUCAGCUGCUUUUCCUUGAAGAGAAACUGGGGGACUGUGCCUGUCAAAACGGUAAAAAUGGCUUUGGCUACGACAUUGCCCGGUGAUGGCUGCGUCCUGGACUCGAUUGAUGGGAAACCAGGCCCUCCACCACCACCACCUCCUGCUCCCGACUCUGGGCUGGUGGCUACUGCUCUAGGAAGCUUCAGUUUAACAUCUCCUCCCUGGGCGCACUCCACUCACUCAUUACUUAAAAGCAAAAUACGCACAGCAAGGGCUAGGGCUCUAAUGGAUUAACUAAUGGAAGCAAGCUUCUGAGUCACACAGCAUUCUUCUGGAAGAAUUCGAAGCACGGCCACACACAAUUCUUGAGGCAUUCACAGCCAAUGCAGAAGAAAAAGAGGAAAAUUAAGCACUUUUGAUUUCAACGGGAGAUUUGCAAUGAAUUUCUAUGCGUGUCGACUCAUUUACAAAUCCUGCUGCAACCAGUAGAUUAUCCCCAAGUUAACUAUGCAAAGGACAGCAAUCUUAAGCAUGUGUUUAAUGCGCCCACAGAAGUCAAUGGAAUUUAAAAGUCUUAGCAUCCGACUCAUGCCAACUUUUAAGUAGCAGUGUGGCCUGCCUGGGGUGUUCUUGAUAUUCCGUUGCCUGGUUUUUUUCUGUGGUAAGUUGUUUCUUGGAUUACCUCCCUUCCACACCAAUGGACCAGUUUCCCCAUCCCCUUGUUUAUCCUGGGCUGGUCUCUCAACCACAGGCAGUCCAGAAUUCAACAGGUAGAGCUCCUAACUACUCUCAAACGCCCUUUCUUCUGAAAUGCACCAAAAUCUUAAGAAGCUAAGGAUCGUGUUCUGCACCACAUUCCCUGCAACCCUGUACUUCUUCCAACCACACGUGAACAACGGAAGGCACUUAUUUGCUUUUGAGAUCUCGCUGUCCCUGCUAAGUUGGCUGCGGUGUUGUUGGACAAUGCAACUUCCAUCUUCCUUGACCUCCCCCGCACCUGCUGGGUGUGUGGUGGGCAUUGAUGGUAGCUGGAAAUCCAGCAUCUGGAAGGCCACAGGUUUUCCAGCUCUGGAACUAGGGAAAGAUCUGUGUUCAGUUCCUCUGACUGGAAGCUCACCCUAAACCAGGCACCCCCAAACUGCGGCCCUCCAGAUGUUUUGGCCUACAACUCCCAUGAUCCCUAGCUAACAGGACCAGUGGUCGGGGAAGAUGGGAAUUGUAGUCCAAAACAUCUGGAGGGCCGAAGUUUGGGGGUGCCUGCCCUAAACCUAUGUAUGCUACCUUUGAGCUCAGUCUCCAACAGGGCAAGCUAUGAUGGCACGUUGCGGCAUCUGAAAGACGAAUGGCUUUAUUAUGGCAUAAACUUUCGCGGCGAAGCACAAUAAUUUUGUUAAAUCCUUCUUCUCUGGCAAUCACUUGUAGCCGAGUAAGAUUGCCUUCCAUGAACACGGUCUUAACAGUGAGUCUGUGACUGUGGAGGCCAAUUCUGGAUCCAAACAUCCUUCCACAGUGGGGACAUAGGUUUCCGGAUGUGAGUUGAUCACGGUGAGGGUUUGCCAAGUGUGCCUGCCUCUUAGCAGGUUUCCCACUUUUCUCCUGAGUUCGUGCUUUUUCAAAGUCCAUGACACCUUUGGUGGAGGCUGUUCUCCAAUUGGAGCGCUCGCAGGCCGGUGUUUCCCAGUUAUCAGUGCUUAUAUUGCAUUUUUAAAAGAUUUGCCUUGAGAGUGUCUUUAUAAACCUCUUUUGUUGUCCACCGGUAUUUUGCUUUCCAUUCUUUGGAAGAUGACAAUUGUUGUUGAAGUAUCAUUGCUUCCACGGGUGAUCUUUGCUUCUUCCAGUACUCUGGCAUUAGUUUGCUUGUCUUCCCAAGUGAAUUAGGGGGUCGUGGGAACCUGGCGCCGAGUUUCCCAGGGACAGCUUUCUGGGCAAGAGUAUAUUGUUCAAGCUGCACUUUUGACAUAGUUAAUUUCCUUUUAUUAAAAACAAAUAAAUAAAAGGCCACUUAUUAACUUCUUGAAUGGUAGCAGUCCUGUUUGGAGAAAGAUGCUAUUUUAAUUCCACAGAACCAACAUCGCUUGUAAGAUUCUGAUCCAGUUAAUAAUUGUUCAUUGGAAUGAAUUGCUACAGCUGGAUAUAUUUGGGAAUAAAAUAAUAAUAGUUUUAUUAUUUAUAUGCCACUCAUCUGACUGAGUUGCUCC